CAGAAGAAGAAAAAUCAUAUGGUGCAAGGAAAAUAAAAACUGAGAAGCAUGUUUUAAAUACCUCCUUUUAAACAGGUAUUUAAAUAUCUACUUUUUAAAGUAGGUAUUUAUUCACAGUAAAUGAAACUGAAUGUCCUCAGUCCCAGGGGAUUGGCAGAACUGUGGGAGUGAGAAAGGACAGAACAAAAUGGGAGUGGCCGCACACCUGUCAGACCUGUUCCUGAUACAUGACUCCAGCAGGAUUCUCCUAUGCAUUAGUCUUUUGUUCAACCUGUGUUGAGCUGAAUGAGGAUGGCGGAAACACCGAACCCAGCCACUACCUCCUUCCCAGCACCGACUAUUUCUCUACCCCUUGGAGUGGAAAUACUGAGGACGUAUUCCGGGGCCCUGAUUUGUUUGGAAAUUGUGUUUGGAGGAUUGGUGUGGAUAUUAGUAGCGUCGACGAAUGUGUCCGUGCCAUUGUUGCAGGGAUGGGUGAUGUUUGUGUCAGUAACCAUGUUCAUCUGUUCAUCUGUAUACCUCGCCCUGUUUCUGCUGGGCCUGGCUGACAAAAUUAACACUGACUGGAAUUUCAUGGAUAUGUUCUACCAUUUCAUCGCUUUGCUGUUUUAUUUUGGUGCAUUUUUGCUGGAGGCUACAGUUUCAUCUGCAGGUACAUAUGCAAACAGCACCACCUGUAUACGCAGACCCCGGGGCAAUAUAAUGACAUUUCUGGACUAUCGGGAAUACAGCAUUAAUGUUGCCGCUGCGAUAUUUGCUUUUAUAGUGACUUUAUGUUAUGGCUGUAGUAUGUUCAUGGGCUUCAGGAGAUGGAGAAAAUAGCACACAAAAAAUGGACCAUAUGUGACCCAUUCAUAAUACGAAUGUCUUCAAACAUCAACUGUACUAUUAUGGAUAUUACACAAGGUGAUAAUGUCACCACUGGUUUACCACAAUGUCAAGGUCUUUCUUCACAUUAAAGUAAAGAGUCAUUUUAACAGCUGUAAAAUAUUUUUUGGUGAUUUGUCCAAAAAUGAUAUACAAUCAUAUUUAAAUUUUACUUGUUUUACUUGGUUAUCCUUAAACUUCACUGGUGGUCAGAGAGUACAAUAUUUCACCAGUCUGUGCUAAAUUUUGAUUUUAUCUUAUUUGUAAUAUUUUUAGAUAUAUUAUCAGUUCCAAAAACAAAUUGUAAAUCAAUUUUUUCACCUGUAUUAGCCAUUACUCUAACAAAAUCAAGGCAAAAACAAUUUUUAUGACAAUUGUGCUUACACAUCUUAAGUUAGAUGCCAAUGUAAUAUGUAAUAAGCAUUAUAUAUUUAAUAUAACUUUUUUCCUAACUUAUGUUACAUUUUAUAAUAAACUAUAAUUUUUUUUUUUUUUUUUUUUUGUAAUAGCCUGUGGAAUUUUCUAUUUUGGUGAAAUGUGGCCACUAGAAUUCAUACUUUUCAUGAAUUACAAAAACUAAAAUGCAACUGCCUGGUUUCUUCAUUGUUUUUUUUUUUUUUUUUUUUUUUUAUAGAGCAAGCUUGGUGUAGAUACGAUCAGUUCGCACAAUAUACUGUUAAAGUCAUUGCAAAAUGCCAGUUACAGAGGAGUCAAUUAAAUGUAUUAGAGUGAUGAUGAAUCAUUUACCCCGUUGAUGAAGAUUUGUUUGUAUUAAUGUCUCAUUUCAUAUGCAAAUAUUAAAUAAUAUUUUACUUUUUUUAUUA